AGGGCAGCACUCUCCUAAAAUAUGACCAGGGGUGUUUGGAUGCGUCGGCAGCAUAACGAAUGCUUAAAAUACUGGUCUGCACCCCGAGAGAACGAGAAGCCAUUCACGGAGCCGGAGCGGGCCCAGAGAUGGCGACAGUCGCUGGCCUCUCUGCUCUUCAUCACCGUCCUGCUCUCUGAUCACCUGUGGUUCUGCGCCGAGGCCAAGCUGACGCGGACCCGCGACAAGCGGUCGGACGAGGGUCACGCUAUCUCGGACGCGGGCGAGAAGAAGCCAAACUCCCUCCAAUCACACCACGUCCCAAAAUCACCCGACCCCCGCCGCCUCGCCAGAGAGCAAGAUGUUAUUUUUAUAGGGAAUUCUACCAAACCUCUGUGGCGGAUGGACACCUGUCACCCGGACAGCGUGUCCAGAGACUGCUUCACUUUCACGGACGCUCUGACAGUGUGCCUGGGCCUCUCUGGCGAAGAAGAAGAAGAGGGGACACAGUCGGCGUACGUGAAUCUGAGCGAUUUGUACCUUUCUUUUUGUAAUUCCUACUCACUUUUGGAUUUGUUUUACGGGUUUACGAGUCCGGACGUUUUGAAUUGCUCCCUGGAUACGACCAUGGGGGUGGAUCUGCUGGGGUGCGCGGAGUGUGUCCGGGCUUAUCAGCGUCUGGAUCGGCAGGCGGAGGAGAACUACAGGGAGUUUGAGCUGCUGGUUCAGAAGUACGAGACGGACGCGUACUCAGUCAGGACGUGCAUGGAUGAGUGCAAGAUGGUUUAUAAGCCCUGGCUGUGUUCUCAGUACUUCCAGACCACCCAGAUACACUGCAGCAAUCGAAUCCCCUGUGGCCAGUACUGCCUGGAGGUUCAGCAGCGCUGCCCCUUUGUCCUCCCUGACAAUGAUGAUCUCAUUCAUGGAGGCAGCCCAAGUUUUAUAUGCACAGGGUUGCUGGAAGAAUACCCAUCAGGUGUUGACCCAAAUGCAGAGUGCUGCGAUGUGCGGUGGGAUUCAAAAGUGGACAACCGUUCCAGAGCGACCCUAAAAAGAACUCACCCGCCAUGCCAGCAUCGUACCUCCCUCAGCUCCUCGGCAGCCUGCAGACUGUGUAACAGCCGGCUCAAACUCUGCCUGCUGGUCCUGGUCCUCCUACACACUGUUGCCAGCCUCACUGCAUCCCACAAUGCAACAGGACUGGGCCUCCCCACCUUCACGCCUCUGGAGGAGAGCCCCGCCAACGAGGAGUGAUGGAGCAGCUGAGCGGAUAUGAGGUCGCAGCGCAGAAGGUGGAGGGGUGGGGAGGCUGGGGGGAUUCCCUCGCCAUGGCAACCAGCUUGGAAAAAUACGACAACGGUUGAUGCGAACGGCUGGAGCUGUGUGCCUGUAGACAUACUGCAACACUUUAUGAGAAACAAAAACACACGGGAUACUUUGAGAUGAGAGACUCUUAAAUCAAUCAAAACAUAGAAGUGACUAAAGAAACAAUCUCCCACAAACUAAGGGACUCAAGCUGUCCCUUUGGUAGAAAAAAAAGGGACAAUGCCACAACCUUUGUUGAGAGGGAAGGUCAGCUUCCUCGUGGCUGAGUUUCUCUACGCUUUUUUACACUGUGUUCCAAUUAUUGGUUUCUGUUGCACUGGCUGACUAUGGAAUAACAUAAUCAUAUUAUUUCUCUAAUGUUCAUUAUUCGUCUCUUUCGUGGUACCCAGAUUCAGGAACAAAAUGAUUCCUCUGAGUAAGACAGAAAAUGUGAAAAAAAAAAAAAAAAAAAGUUAGCAGCAAGUGUGUGUGUGUGAGAGAGAGAGAGAGGAAGAGAGCGAAAGAGAGAGAAUGAGCGCAUGUUGCUAUGCCAAAAAGUCUACUUAAAAGGCUAAUGGAGAGCCCCUCAGAUUUUCUCUGCUCCUCCAUGGGGGUUUGGUCAUAUUCCUGUUAGGAUUUCCUUGGGUUUUAAUGUGGUUCUGGCUUCCAUUAAAAUGUAUUUGUUUAACUGA